UGCAGAAUAGUGUAUGUUGUUUUGCCCUCAGUAAAGAUGGUGGGUGACUUCCGGGCGAUAUUGUGUCUGGAGUAAGUUUGUACCUCCCACUGCCUGUCAUGGCGUCUUCCCUGAGCGGAAUGUUCUCCGGUCAGCCGCCCGGUCCUCCUCCUCCUAUGCAGCCGGGGGGCGCCUCCGGGCUCCUGUCCACUCCGCCUGGGGCGAAGAACCCCGGGAACAGCACGCUGGUGGACGAGCUGGAGUCCUCAUUCGAGGCCUGCUUUGCUUCUCUUGUGAGCCAGGACUAUGUGAAUGGGACUGAUCAGGAGGAGAUUCGUACUGGUGUUGAUCAAUGCAUUCAGAAGUUCCUGGAUGUCGCCAGGCAAACAGAAUGUUUUUUCCUGCAAAAGAGAUUACAGCUUUCUGUACAAAAGCCAGAACAAGUUAUUAAAGAGGAUGUGACAGAACUGAGAAGUGAGCUACAGAGAAAGGAAGGACUCAUCCAGAAGCACCUAACUAAACUCCGCACCUGGCAGCAGGUUCUUGAAGACAUUAAUGGGGGCCAAAAGAAGACAAAUGAGAUGACCCAGGGGCCCCUUGCUUACCUGGAGCAAGCUUCAGCCAACAUCCCUGCUCCAAUGAAGCAGACAUGACAUCAGUGUAUGGUGGAGCUCACUCUGGUCCUUUUUCUACACAAGGUGUUCAUUAGGGACUAGAAAAUGUUUUCUCCCUUUUUUAUUUUUUUUCUGUAUAUUAUAAGCUUAAGUAUGUUUACACUGUUUUUGAUUAAAUAAACGAUAAUGGUAUUUUUAUACUGCA